GGCGGCGGAGACAGCCGAGCGAGUAAUCUUCAACCAGGCGAGCCUGACGCACUUCCGGGACCGCCCCUCGGCGUGGCGUGGCUUCCCCUCCCUCCCCCGCUGGCACUGGUUUCACGCGACGCCGUUGCCAUGGCAGCGGUUCGGGCGCCUUACCUGGGGUUUCCGGGGAUCCAGGGAGCCGCAGGCGUGCCAGGGCCAGAUACAUGAGCCGGCCAGAUUCAGGGGCUGAGGCCACGAAGCUGAAGACAGGGACAGAACAGCUGCUCAGGGCUAGACCCUGCAUUGGAGACAGGAAGCCAGAGGCCAGCCGGAGAGCUGGACACACUCAGAUACUCCAACUCCUGCUCUACGACAGACAUCUGCGCAGAGGAGCUGUGAGGAUGGCGCACCUGCUGGGCAGCCAGGCCUGCAUGGACAGCCUGCGCAAGGACCUCACCGAUCUGCAGGGUGCCAUUGUGGAUGUGUUCUCCCGUGCCGGGCCUGUGCACUUCCCCUCCUGGAAGUUCCCCGACCGUAUGGCCUGUGACGUGGACAUGGUGGCCCUGUUGGAGCACUAUGACUAUGUGCCCAGUGACCCGGAGUUCACGCAGCUAUCCCAUGUUGUGCUGCUAGAGCUGGUCAUUGACAGGCUCCUGCUGCUGCUUCAGAGCUGUGCAAGCUACCUAGAGAAUCUCAGCUCAGAGCAGACCAUGCCCCCGGGCCAGGCCUCAGGGCCCUGCAUGUCUGUGGGGCUCACAGUGCGGCGCUUCUGGAACACCUUGCUGGGGGUGGGCAUGCUCUACCAGCAGGCAGCUCCCCAGAAAAGGGCAAACCAGGGGGAGACCCCCACCUCCAAGCCCACAGCCAAGGGUGAGCCAGCCAGGAGCCCUGAAUUUGUGACUGCCAAGUUCAUCAAGCCUCCUUCCCCAAUGCCAGGCUUGUCCCAGACCUGCCAAGAGUCGGACACCAUCCCUUCCAGGGUCUCCUUGCAGUGUCCAGCCAGAACUGCUGAGAACACCAGGAGUGUCUACUCCCAGACGGUUGAGACGGCCCUAGUGCCCUGUGAUGCGUGCACCAGCGUCCAGGGCAGCUUGCAGGAGGUGGGCAAGGUGGUCAUCAGCCUCUGUCAGGGCCAGAACCUACCCUCGUCUUUAGACCAGUUCCAGCAGCUGGUGCAGGACAGCAUGGGGCUCAGGCCACUGCCAGCCGCCACUGUGGGCCGCUGGGUGGCAGAACAGAGCAAAGACCUGAUGCGCAUCAGUAAGCAUGUGGGGGCCCUUGCUCAGCUUGUCGGGCCCCUCAGAGCCCAGCUGGAGGAGGCCGAGGGGCAGAAGGAUGGACUCAGGAAGCAGGUGGACGAGCUGGGGCAGAUGCUGCAGCAGGAGCAGGAGGUGCGGCGGCAGCAGGCAGAGGAGGCUGAGCAGCGCCUGGUGGAGUGGAAGUGUGACAAGCAGCAACUGCUUGCAGAAACAAGUGACCUAAAGAAGAAGGUGGCAGUCCUGGAGGGGGAGCUGAAGCAAAAGCAGGAGUCCACACAGGCUAUAGAGGUAAAGGCCCAGCAGCUGCAGGAGGAGGCAGAGCUCCGAGUGGCAGCUGAGAAGCAGGUGCAGCAGCUGGAGGGGCAGGUGCAGCUGCUGGCGGGGCGGCUGGACGGGGCCAGCCAGCAGAUCCGCUGGGCCAGCACAGAGCUGGACAAAGAGAAGGCCCGCGUGGACAGCAUGGUCCGCCACCAGGAGUCCCUGCAGGCCAAACAGAGAGCCCUGCUGCAGCAGCUGGACAGCCUGGACCAGGAGCGUGAGGAGCUGCGGGGCAGCCUGGAUGAGGCCGAGGCCCAGCGGGCCCAAGUGGAGGAGCAGCUGCAGAGCCUGCAGAGCGAGAGGGAACAGGGGCAGUGCCAGCUCCUGGCCCAGCAGGAGCUGCUACAGAGCCUGCAGUGGGAGAAGCAAGGCCUGGAGCAGGCAACGACGGACCUGCGACUGACCAUCUCGGAGCUGGAACGGGAGCUCCUGGAGCUGAAGGAGCGGGAGCGGCUGCUGGUGGCUUUCCCGGACCUGCACAGGCCCCUUGAGGCCCAGAUCCAAAGUAGGGGCCCGGGGAUAUUGCAGAGGGCUCACCUGGGCAGGAUGCUGCAGUGGAAGCCACAGACCAGAGGAGAGCAGUCAGCAAUGCGGCCCCCUGGGAGAGCUCACUCUGUCUCUGUGGCCCUCCGGAAACAAAGUGUGGGAAGAGACCCAUUCCCUUGCUUAGGCCCCACCCAGCUUAGAUUCUACAGUGCUGUGGUCAUCUUCCUGCUGGGUGGGAAGAGGGAGGCAGAGUCUUGCGAGAGGGUCAGGUGGGAGGUCCAGGGACUGGCCCUGCCUAGCUCCCCUGUGCCUGCAAGCCACCCACCCAAGGGGCACGCAAAUGGGUAUGUCUGCUCUCUGAGGUCCUUUCCCAUCUGGUGCAAGAGGCAGGCCUGGUGGGGUGGGGUUCCAGAUAGUGUGUGCCCCACAGGCUCUGGCAACGUCACGGACGACAUGGAGAGGCAGGUGCAGGCCAACAGCAUCCGCAUCCGGGUCCUGCAGGAGGAGAACGGGAGGCUCCAGGCCAUGCUGUCCAAAAUUCAGGAGGCAGCCCAGCAGGGGGGCCUCAAGCUGAUCCCCCAGGACCAGCUCUGGUCCCCUCUCACUAAGGGAACCCCAGGAACAGCACGCCCAGCCCGGAGAGCCUCCCCAGGGUCCCUGGGCAGGCGGCCCCCACCUGGCAGCAGGACAAGCAGUGCAGGCAGGACCCUGUCAGGCCAGUCCCGAACAUCCCUAUCUCAGCAGCCUGGCAGCCGGCCCAGCAAGUCCUCCCUGGAGGAUGUGCCUCACUCAGCCAUCUGCUCCCAGAACCCUAUCCACGCCUUGGCCAGGCUGAGACGGAGACUCUCACCCUGCCGGGGCCAGGCCAGCUCUGCACACCAGCCCCAGGAGCGACCUAUGUAGCCUGCUGCGGCAGCGGGGCUCAGUGGGGGCAGGUGGCUAGCAACCCACCCAGUACAAUAAAGCCCCAGCCACCUGCCCACUGUGAUCUUGGUCUCACAGCACUAGCCUCUUGGGUGGGGGCUGCUGAGUGCCAGCCACAUGGGUCAUUGGCCAGCAGCACAGUCCUGGCACACUGUGGGCCCACAGCAAAUGGCAGCUUCCUGCCUCCUGACAGGAGACAGGAGAGGAGAACACACAGAGGGCGGAGAGAAGCUUCUAGCACUUGGGUAAGGUGAAGGACAGUCUUUCCUCAUAGCAAGGGCCAAGUGGGAGACAUGGACUCUGAUCUGUACCAAGUGAGAGGAGAUGCAGGGUGGGGGAGGGCCAGGGGAUGGGAAAGCAGCUGCCGAAGAGGGUCUGACAAGGUUGUCUGAGGCCAGGGAGGCAUCAGAGGCUGCCACCCUGGCUCUGGGCUCAUGGAGGCCAGCAGGGCAGUGAUGCCUUCCCAGCCCCAGCUCUGAGGCCUGGGGAAGGGACAUUAAGGAUCUAAGGAAGUCAGCCCUCUUUAAUAGAGAACUCCCACCUCCAGAAAAUGGUGAGAAGAAAAGGUUUCUCUAAAUCCUGGACAUCAGAUCCCCAGGAGGCCAAUGAGGGCAGGGCAGGGUCUUGCCCAGCCAGAGAGGUGGACACCACAGCCAGCUCUGGCUUUUCUGGGUCCCUUGGGGUCCACCCUGCCACUGAUGUCACUGGCCACACCAGUCCACUUUAUUGCCUCAAGUUACCUCAUCUGAGAAAAACAGGCUCUAAGACCUUGCUGAGGCUUUCUGAGGGUGAGCACUCCCAGUUGAAAUUUUCCCCUAGUGAAGCAACCUGGUGCAGCACCUCAGUUCACAGAGAAGGGUCAGGAGGGGUGAUGUGUGUAGCUGAGCUGGCACAGCCGAGGUCUGCCUAACCGGCUUCAGUGGAGUCCAGGGGUUCCUGAGGGAGGCUGAUCACUGGCCCAGCCCUCACAGGUGAAAGCCAGGGUGCCUGUGCCCAGGUCCAGGUGAAGGCUGGCUCCUCUCUCAGGCCUCCACCUACUUGGCAUCCAUUAAUUAGCUAAGAGUUCUGCAGGUCAGCAGUCUGGUCCUGUGUAGCUGGGUUCUCUGCUCAGGGUCUUAGAAGGCUGAAAUCAAGGUUAUCUGCAAGGUUGCAUUCCGAUCUGAAGGCCCUGGGGACAAAUCCACUUCUAAGCUCAUCCUGGUUGUUGGCAGAAUUCAGAUCUUUGCAGGACCUGACUGAGGGCCCUAUGUCCCUGCUGGCUGGCUUUCAGCUGGGGGCAACUCUUGGUACCUAGAGGCCAUUCACAUUCCUUGCCAUGUGGGCCCCUCCAUCUUGAAGUCAGCAAGUUUCUCACACGUUGAAUCCCCUUAUGUUUCAAAUCUGACUUCCUUUUCUUCCAUCAGCUAGAGAAAACCCUCUGCUUUUAAAGGGCUUGUAUGAUUAGGUCAGGUCUACUUGGAUACUUGCCUUACUUCAGUACCAUAUAAAAUAACUGAACCACAGGAGGAAAAUCCGUUACAUUCACAGUUCUAGCGAUUACACAGGAUGUGAGCACAAAGUGGGGUGGAACGUUUUGGGGGCUAUCAUAGAAUUAUGCCUCCCAUAGGCAGUAGAGCCCAAGGUAACUUUUUAUCUUAAAAAAUACACACAGAUUUUCUAUUUUAUGUUAAAAUAUAUCCACG